GACUUUCCAGCGCCUAACAGACUGCAAAAGGAGCUGAGGGGAGAAGGUCCGACGUUGAAGCGAAGUGACAGUUGACGCAUGCGCUGUCGCCACAGUCACUGACAGGACGAAGCUUGCAGGCUCGAGUCCAGAGCUGAGGCGCAGUCAUGGCGGCGCCGACCGGGGAGUUGCUGUGGCUGCCGCUGUUGGUGGUGCUGACGGGAAGCGGCGCGGUGUGGGGCUGGCAGAAACAGGAAAGAAUCUUGUUGCGAGAUGUUCAAGCCCUGACGCUUUACCCUGGUCAAUACACCAAUUCCCGGCGGACAUCUCCAAUUCCCCAGUUGCAGUGCAUUGGAGGUACAGCUGGAUGUGCAGCGUACACCCCUGAUGUUGUCCAGUGUUACAAUAAAGGCUGGGAUGGCUCUGACGUACAGUGGGAGUGCAAAGCAGAGAUGGAUCAUUCAUAUCGCUUUGGAAAAAUUGAAGUUAGCUGCGAAGGCUACGAUUAUCCGGAUGACCCUUACGUGCUGAGGGGCUCAUGUGGCUUGCAAUACACUUUAGAGCUAAGUAAAAAUGGACAAUAUAAGACCAACUACUUCAGCGGCAGUCACCAUUCUGCUACUGCUCACGAUUCAAUAGCUUCUGGGGCUGGAUUGGUCCUGGUAGUAUUGUUUGUAGUGCUGGUGUAUGGCGUUUAUAAGCUGUUCCUCUGCGACAACCACCCACAACCUGGUUUCUCUUAUGGUGAUGGGCCAUCAGGAACCUACGGGCUGGGUCAUCAGAACCCACCUCCACCUGGAUUUAAAUCAGGUUUCACAGAAGCUGCCAGUGGUUUUAGUCCAAAUUCAAAUUCAGGACCAGGUUUCUGGACUGGAUUAGGUGCCGGAGGACUUCUGGGAUAUCUAGCUGGUAACCGAAGGUCUCCUUCAUAUUCUCCAUACUACAAUACGUGGAGCAGUCCAGCUGCUUCCCCUCCUGGAUUUGGCCCUUCGUAUGGUUCUACAGUCCCAAGUUCAGGGACAAGAACCACCACGGGUUUUGGGGGCACAAAAAGGAGAUGAAUUUGUCUCCUCAUCCGUCUGAGCAAUUGAAUAAAAGCAACAGCAUCCCAGCACAUGUGAAGCUUGCUUGUUGGGUUAUUUGUAAGAUUCCAGUUCUGGAUUGAGUUGUAUAUAUUCUUGUAUCAGCCUUUUAUAUAAUAUACUGUAAGGUUUUAAGUUGAAACCUGUGGCGUGUUGAAUAAUUGUUUGGAAAAACAAAUAGAAAUUCAAAAUAAUUAAGAAUUUGUUUCAAUCCUGUUGUUAGCACUUAAGAAAAUCCUGUUGAAAGCUGUGGCUUGAACCUGAGUAAACUGUAGGUGAGUUCAAGUUAUCGCUGGCCUUGGCCUGGCAUCUCAUAUGUUUCUUUAGCAAAUGCACAUGGGGUACAAUCUUUUGCCUCAAACCAAGGGUUGUGUGGUGGGGCUCCAGGAUGCUGGCUGUGAUGUGGAUGUGACCGUGGGAGAUGGCUCAGUGAAACUGGUAGAGUGGGACUUCUCCACCUGCCCCUUCCCUGCUGUGGCUAAUUGGUAUCCAGAUUAUGCCCCAGAGAUAAAGAUACCCCCUAGGAACAGCAUGAGGAACACAAUGGGAUAGGAAAGGGUCCCUCCUGUUCCACCAAUGUAAGCAGGGCACUGCAUGUCAAAACAGCAUCGUUUGAUCCUACCCUCUGAACAUAGGUUCCUGUGCUGCCAUUUGCUCAGUCCUGAUAGUAGGGGCAACAUCUGUAGUGCCCUCUAACUCAAGGUAUGUUGUCGGGAAGAAUGGGCUUGAGACACAUGCCCACAAAUGCGUACGAGGCUUAGCGGAUCAUGAUUUUCCUUUCACAGAAGGAAAAAUCAGUCAUUUUCAGAGAAAAAAGUAGAAGCAAGGUGAUUUGUGUCCCGUCAUGCACGCGCCUUUAAAGACUCCGCGACAAGAGUUCUUCUGGGUAUAAGUUCCUCUCAAGAAUCAAAAGUUCCCUCUGGACAAAAGGGGAACUUUCUCUCUCAAAAGCUUAUACCUGGGAAAUGUUGUUGGUCUUUAAGGCAUAACUGGGCUUCAAUCUUGCUCAUCUAUUGCAGACCAAUGUGGCUACUUACCUGAAAUGUUCUUCAGAGAAAGAGCUUUAUCAUGUGCAGUACUAAUUUAUGUUGGAAUAAACCUGUAGAUUCUCAAUAUUAUGGGGUGGAUUCUGAAGAGGGGAUAGAUCUGCUGAAGAAGCCCUUCACUGAUGCAUCUAGAGUGACUUGCUUCAAGCAGAGACUCCUUCCACCCAAGGAAAGUGUUUGCCCUAGCAGAGUGGAUCUGUGCAAUCCGGCUCAUGAGCUGUAGUGGCUAGUAUGUAUGUGUAAAGUGCCUUCAAGUCACAGCUGACUUCUGGUGAUCCCAGCAAGGGGUUUUCAAGGCACGUGAGAAACAGAAGUGGGUUGCCAUUACCUUCCUCGGCAGAGCCUUCCUUGGUGGUCUCCCUUCCAAGUACUGGCCCUGAUGAGCUUCUGAGAUCUGCUGAGAUCAGGAUAUAUCCUGCCACCUUUCCUCCACAGUGGUUGUUAUAAGCACAUCUUUGAUUUGGCCUUAAUGGGGGAGACUUGAGUCACCUAAAAGGGUGAUCCCUGGUCUAGCUCUUGCCACAGGCAGCUAAUGAUUCUUUAUCAUUCAUGGCAUUGUCCAGCUAGUUCAGAGUGGCUUGGGUGAGAACUGUGAUCAGGGGAUCCCUACAGGUUUCCAUAUCAGCUGCUCAGGCACAAGACUGCUUCCCUGCAUGGAUCCUCCUUUCUUGAUUACAACAGAACGUGGGUCGCACAACAUAUAACGGACUACUUUUUGUGUUUCCCCCCCUGCCUUUGGCUUUGUUUCCUAUCUGAGGAUUGUAGUACCAGAUCUUUUUAAUAUAACCAUCCAGCCUUAAUCUUACUGAAAGUUUUAAAAAUGUGGAUGUUGUCUUGUUUUCCUGCUCCCCCAGUCUGGAAAUAAAAAAGGUUUGCAUUUAAAAAGUUCUAAAAUAAACUAGUGUCAUGCCUUUUCAAA